AUGUUUGAAUUCAUUACUAAAUUUUUCCAGCAGGAGCCGGUACCUGAGAGUAUCAAGACUGAGAUAAGACAAACCGUUCAAAAAAGUCCAAUUGUGGUUUUUUCAAAAUCGUAUUGUCCAUAUUGCACUCAAACCAAGGAAACUUUUAACAAGUUUAAUCCAGUUAUUAUUGAGUUAGAUCAGAUCCCGGAUGGGGGGUUCAUACAAAGAGGCUUACAAGAAUUGACUGGACAGAGAACUGUUCCAAAUAUAUUCAUUAACAAGGAGCAUAUUGGGGGAAAUAGUGAUUUACAAAAUUUGAAGAAAUCGGGUGAAUUAUAUAAAUUAAUUAAUUAA